CUGAACGUUUAGACUACCGAGGGCCGAACAUUCACGGUUCUGAUAUACCCCGAGUGGCCAAUAAUCCACUGCAACUGCGUGUAUUCAUGCCAUUACCUGGACAACUCGCGCCAAGUGGUAGUCUAAACCCACCACCAUGGACACCGAAUCAUACCCCAUGGGCAUCCUCGUGGAAGCCGAGUCAUUCAAUGACUUCGGCGGCUGGGUGAUGGACUCCCAGUUUGAGAACGAGAUGGGAUCACCAUACCUGCUGGCCCAUGGGAAUGGCACUCCGGUUGCGGAUGCCACCACCGUCAUCUCCAUCCGCAACCCCACGCGGUACAACGUCUGGGUGCGCGCCAAAGACUGGGUUCCUGGCCAUCAUCCUGGAAGAUUCACCCUCUCCGUCGGUGGAAAACGCCUCCCCACCGAGCUUGGUGCCAACGACCGAGACUGGAACUGGGAACUAGGUGGCCAGGUGAAUCUGGCCGCGGGAGACGUCACAUUGGCGCUCCACGACCUUACCGGCUUUUGUGGGCGUUGUGAUGCUAUCUUCCUCACCACGGAGGAUAUGGCACCACCCGUGGCAGUCAAUGAGACAUCCCGCGCAUGGAGACGUCGGCUGCGUGGACUCCCCGAGGAGCCUGUCAAUGGUGGAUCUUUUGAUGUCGUUGUCGUCGGAGGGGGAGUAGCUGGCACUGCAGCCGCGUUGACGGCCGCUCGACUGGGCCAGCGAGUGGCCCUGGUUCAGGACCGUCCCUUUCUGGGCGGCAACGCCAGCGUGGAGAUUGGACUAAGCCCGCGAGGGUGGACCGGACCGCUGGUGGACGAGUUCUCCGCCAGGACCGCGGACGGUGACCUGCUGGCGGUACGGUUACUGGAAGCUGAGCCAACCGCCACGGUGUUCCUUGAGCACACAGUCUAUCACACGGUCACGACAGAGUCUAACAUUGUCUCGAUCGACGCUCGACACGCCCGCAGCGGCCGAGAGACGCGGAUUUCCGCCCCCGUAUUCAUCGACGGCUCGGGAACCGCUGUCCUCGGACGACUUUCCAGUGCAGAGACGCUCUUCGGUCAGGAGUCGCAGGCGGAGUAUGGAGAGAGCCUCGCGCCGGUCGAAGGCGACCACAUGCACCACGGCAACACCGUCUUCUUCCGCACCAAAAUGGCCGACUCCCCGAUUUCCUUCCCCACCGUGCCAUGGGCCACGGAGAUAGCCAAAGACUACACCGACCUCCGAGGCCAACUGCGACGACCCGGUCGGGAGAAUGGACCUGGACCGGUGAUCCUGCCCCCCGGCCACGUCCCGGACCCCACGAUCAAGGGCCGACUCACGCAUUUCUGGGAGUACGGCCAGUGGCUGGACCCGUACACCCAGGGGGAGCACAUCCGUGACCACCUACUCCGCGCAAUCUACGGCACGUUUUCCAACGUGAAGACCGUGGAGCCUGACACCUACGCCAACCUCGCCCUCGACUGGGUGGCUUUCGUGCCGGCGCAGGGCGAGCACCAUCGCUACAAGGGCGACUACGUGCUCACCGAGACGGAUAUCCGCACGCACAAGCCCUUCCCCGACGCCGUGGUCCAAAAUGACGGCGCAUUCUGUCUACACUAUCCGGGCGACGAGAAAUACGACUUCCGGCUCAAACACUGGGAGUGGGAUGAGCGCGAUAAGAGUCCCUACGAUAUCCCGUUCCGGUGUCUGUAUUCGGUCAAUGUGUCGAACCUGAUGAUGGCUGGGAAACAUAUGAGUGCUACGCACGUUGCCAGCUCUAAUACCAAGUUUAUGGGGAAUGGAGGUCAUCAUGGGAUUGCGACUGCUGUUGCGGCUUUUCUGUGUCGGAAGUAUGGCACGACGCCGCGAAGGGUGUAUCAGAACUAUCUGGAAGAACUGAAGACGGUUACGGCCGGUAUUGCAAAGUAUAACCAUUAUGGAUCGCAUAGACCGGGGAAGAGAAAUGAGUCCCAUCUUUAGUCUUGCAUUGCUUGGAUAGAUAUCGCAUGGUGUGAAGCCUUAGUAUCAAUUGGGGCGAGUCUUGAAUGUAUAACAUAUAUAAUAACACUGUUGGUUAUGGUUGUAGAAUGUAAUCUCUGAGGGCUUAUUCGUCUGGAAGGCGAGAAUAAAUGAAAGGAAAUCUUGCCAAAUAACCUAUAUCUAGAUCAUAGGUAUAGGUAGGUGUAGUUGUU